AUGACCCAGCCAGCUUCCCCUCUGAGUUUGAUCCGUAUUCCAAGAGGUUUUGGGAUAGCUGUAGGAAUCCAUCCCAAGCAGUCUCAUCAGUUUUACGGGAGCUUGCUGGAAAAUAUCAGGCAGCUCCUCAGGAAUUCCAGGGUCGUAGCCAUGGGGGAAAUUGGACUGGAUUACACAACCCCUGAGAAUACAUGGUCCUACCAAGAACACGUAUUCACCAGAAUGUUGUCUUUAGCCCCGUCCUCUAUGCCAGUCAUACUUUCUCUGAGAGAUUGGGAACAUGGAAAUGCUUAUCUCAAGAGAUAUGAUAUCUUAAUGAGAAAUUCUGCCCCGGUGCAAAAGGUACACCUUCACUGUUUUACAGGGAGUGCCGAGGCCGUAAUAAAGUGGAACCAGAUGUUCCCAAAUUGCUACUUUGGCCUAACUGCCUUAGUGAGGAACCUUGGGACUGGGCAGCGUGAAGCAGUCCAGUGA